AUGCCAGCAUCACAACAACGGCUGACGGUAGGCGACGCCAACAUGACGGCGUACCUGAGCAUACCGGACGGCGACGGUCCCUUUCCGGCGGUGGUAGUCGCACAUCAUGCACCAGGCGUCGAUAUGUUCAUCCGUGAGAUCGUUGACCACCUGGCCAGAGAUGGGUAUGUGGCGGCCGCGCCCGACCUGUUCCACCGCAUCACCAAGGAGAUGGUGGAGCAGACCGGACGUAGCAAACGCGACCAACUGAGCGACCCGGACACAAUCGAAGAUGUGAACGCAACCGUCGAUUUCCUCCGUUCCCACGAGUCGGUCGACCGAGACCGGCUGGGCAUCACCGGCUUUUGCAUGGGCGGCCGGGUGGUAUGGCUGGCGGCCUGUACCAACCCGCACUUCAAGGCUGCAGUGCCGUUCUACGGUGGCAAUAUUCUUGUGCCCUGGGGCGCGACUGAGACCGCGCCUUUUGCCCUCGCUGAGGGCAUCAACUGCCCGAUGCUGUUCCACUUUGGCGAGGCAGACUCCAACCCAUCAGCGGACGAUAUGCGCACGCUGGACGAUGAGCUAACCCGACUGGGGAAGGAGCACCGCUUCUACAGUUACCCUGGCGCAAACCAUGCCUUUAUGAACCGCUUUAUGCCCCAGCGUCACCACCGCACGUCGGCAGAGAUGGCCUGGGCGCGCACCCGCGAGUUCCUGGCGGAGCAGUUGCAGCCUGCGCCGGUUGGCUGA